UGGGCCCCAAGUCUGCUAUUUUUUAUAAAUUCGUCAUUCCAACACGAUCCCAUUGUCAUUUUGAUAAAAGUUUGUAAUCUGCUAAAUUCAUAAUGGUCGAUCAGUGGUCGGUCAGUGGUCUCGUAAUGGAAUCGUGGCAGAAUGACAUUGUCGUAUUGCCAUUAUUAUAAAACCCGGUAGUAGAAAUGAUUUUCGAAAAACUACUACUAAAUUUUAACAUUUACUCAUGCCAGAUUUCAUUUUUAAACAUUUUUACAUAUUAUUUAAUAAUGUUAUAAGCAAUCUGAAGUAGUAAGAAGUUCGUAAAUAGCAAAAACAUUAAAAUGUGUAACGCGGAUAAAAGUGAAACUCAAUAAUGUUUUAUCUGUUUAGCUGUCAAAGUCAAAUGUGACAUUACUACUUGUUUACAAUUCUAGCGGCCGGUGUUUAGCUAUUUAUUUUCAUUGUGUUUUAUUUAUUUAUAAUAUUGAAAAAUGGUGCUAAUAGAGCAAAUUUCGGCUCUAAUUGAUUUUUUGGAAAACCACCAAGACCUGGCGCUUGGCUACUGCAGCCGCACCAAUGAAGGGCGAAGUUUAAGCAAAAGAUAUUGGAUGGAAUGCGCCCAAAUUUUAAAUUCCAUAUCGGUGGACUGCCCCAAUAAAACUCCCGCAGAAUGGCGCACAUUCUACAAUGAAUACAAAAGCAAAACCUUAAAGAAAAUUAAAUCACAGAAGAGUGAAAUAAGUGCAACAGGUGGUGGUCCUGCAAAAAAAAUAUCAUUAACCCCACUCCAAGAGCGCUUAUACUCAAUAUUAGGGCGAGAUGUAGGAGAGCCACUUCCAGGUGUCCGACACAACCCACUCACUCCUUCUAUCACGCUUCCUGUGGUGCCUGCUAGUCCUACUACUAGUACUAAUUUUCAAUUUGAGAACAAUUCUUUCUCAAUAUUAGACAAUUACGAAGUGCCUGUGACAAUUGUCACAGAUGAGCUUGGGGAAAAUGUAGAAAUAAGCAUGGAACAGGAAAAUUUGGGUGAGCCAUCUACCACCGACCAGCCUUUGGGUCAGCCAUCUACCACCGACCAGCCUUUGGGUCAGCCAUCUACCACCGACCAGCCUUUGGGUCAGCCAUCUACCACCGACCGGCCUCCAAAGCGACGCCAUCGCCCUGCACGGCGUUAUGCAGCGGAAGAUAGAGAUAGAGACCAUACAGCUCUCGAAGCUGCUCAAUCAAGGCUGGAGGCUAUUGAAGCCAGGAACGCCGAGGCUACUUUAAAACAGGCUCAGGCAACCAACAACUUAGCUGCAGCCAUUGAACGACUGAGCUCCACCACAGAAAAGAUGGUGGACCUUAUAGGCCAACUUGUGACAUCUGUGCCAAAAAAGAAACUCCGCAAAAUCCUGAUAUCAUCAGAUUCUGAAUCUGACUAAAGCAGAAUGAAGUAUGCAAGAGUCUGUCAACAAGAGCCUGCUGCAGUGCCCGACCUUCAAGAAGAUCCCGGUUCACCCUUCGAUGGUCUUGAUAAUUAGGUGCUGCAUAAUUAUUUUCCUCCUAAAUUAAAAGACUGAU